AUGCCACCGCGGUUCGCCCCCGUGCCCCGCCCAGCCCAUGGCUCGAAGGCGCCCCACAAGCGGCGUGCCAGCGGACUCGGCGACGGCGGCCCUCUGGCGGACCCCGUACCAAUUGAAGAGUUCCCGCCGCCAGAAUGGCGUACAGUGCUCAACUCGCGCGCUGAUCUCGGUACGUUCUUGCUCCUGCUGGUGUCACUCGGGCACAAGGAGGAGGUGGUUUGGUGUGGGGACUCUCAAGAGAGCGCGCUGCUCGGAGCAUUCCUCGGCAGUGGUCGUCGGCACACGAUCGUCUGGCUGGAGCCUGCCUGGGUGAGCCACCUGGGGUCGUCCGUUGCCCGCCGAGAGCUGAGUGGUCCCCAGCUCUCACCUCGAGAGAGGAGUGUCGUGACAUGGUUGUCUCGUUGCUUGACUGACAUCCACACAGGUUAUCCCGACUUCUACCCCUCACGACCAGGCUUUGGCCAACCCGAAGAUGAACUCACCGAGCCUUUCGUCAAGGGAGGCUUCGCGUUCAAGCCGGCCGCGGAGAGCUUCUCCAUGCAUGGACCAGUGUAUCAACAGCUCCAGACUGGCGGUCUGGAAAAGCUCAUGGAGCUGGGACAGCAAAUCAUCGAACAGCGCAAUGCUGCCAUGCCUUCGUUCUCCGAGCGCGCAUUUCGCAUCCCAGUGCGUGUGACAUACAACGACGCCAAACGUCUCCAGUUCCUUGCCGACCUCGGCAACCCCGAUAUCCCCCUCACUCGACUCAUGCGCAACCCCGUCCCACACGGAUUCAAAGGCAUCGACCUCUUGGACACCAUGUUUGCCCCUCCGCAGCCUGCCGCCCGACCAGGAGCACCCGCGGCUGCCGGCCGUCCUCCACCGGAGCCUAUCCCCGUUGACCGUGCCCUGUGGUUCAUUCGUGUUCUGGGCGCCAACGAGAUCUCGGCGCACCGUGGCCGUGCCCAACCGGUUCUUUCGUCAGUGCAAGCACCGUCACCUGUGGCCGCAACGCCUAGCUCUACCGCGACGGCCGCGCCUGCACCUGCGACCGCGCCAAUGAAUUCCAACGACUGGUACACCGUGGAAUUCACAAUAGCAUUCACAGCUUGGAUUAGGAUACAACUCGGACAGCUCGUACUCCCCACCAAACCCAAGGCUGUAGCCACCACUGGUCCCACGCCGGUCAAGGCCCCGACAGGUGUACUCGGUGACGAAAAGAGCAGGGCACGGUGGCUGGCUAAAUGGCAGUACAGCAACACGUUGCUGCGGCUGCUGUAUCGUAAACGCCUCAUCUCGCCACGGGUGCUCAUUGGAUGGCUUGCCGACUUUCUCGCCGUCGCCAACUUUGCCCAGCUUGGCUUUGUAACCCAGCUUAUUCACAAGCACCUGACGGACCUUACCGAGUAUGUGGCCAUCGGACGUCACUGCCUGCGUGCGGCGUGCACCAAGAUUGAGGAGAUUCGCGCAUCACCGACUCGAGACACAAUGUCCAAGGUCGAGCAGCUGUUGACCUCAAUUGUCCGCGCACUCUACAAGGCCGACCCGGAGGUGCUACUCUCACCAACGACUUGGUCGCGUCACUGGGCGCUCGUCGGUUCGCUUGUGGACAGUAGCACGGCGACGUUUGCCGACCUGGGACGACGUAACGAGGCACUCGUGUUCCGCCCAGUGCUUGUCGACAGUGGGACGACGCCACGACGACAGCAAGUGGCCGAGAUUUCAAAGCUCGACUCUAUCUCUGCCGAGACGGACAUGACGGCACUGUGCAAGGCAUUCUUUAGCGGGCCAUGCGCGCCGACGAGCCCCAAGAUUGAUGUCGACAAGUUGGAAGAAAAAGUCGGCAUUCUCGUCAACUGGGCCAUGGGCCUGUACCAGCUCGGCAUCCACCGUCCUUAUGCCGUGUACACAAUGUUGAAAAAAUGGCUCGAAUGGUACGAGGAAACGCGCCCCAACGACCACUUCGAUUUCUUCCCCAUCCUGUACAAAUGGCUCGAUACGAGUCCCGCUGCGCAGAGCGCCCAAAACGUCCUCGCUAUCGGUAUUUCCUUUGGGGAACUCACGCGCCAGGGUCUGUUCUCGUACGGUCGAUACCUCAACACUCUCAUUGCUCGCGGACAUUCUGCGCGCAACAAUGGCGGGGCACCUAGCCACCACCUCGACUUACUCCGAGCAAUGCCCAUCUUCGUCGAGGCGCGCGACUUACUCGAGCAGCGACGUAUGGUGCUCAGUGGCGAUGGUGAGGGACGCGACCGCGACCAGGCAGACGAGGACGGCGCCCUCGAGCAGUUCCGCGAAGAGCUCCGCGAGUAUGUGCCUGAAAUCUUCGGUCUGAAGCGGUAUGGUCGCUCGGCCAUGAUGCGCGAGAGCAUCGACUACCAGAUCCCCUCGGCAGCCGGCAUCAGUCGUUUCGAGUUUGUCCACACUCGUUUCUGGUUUUCAGCUGCCGCGGUCCACUCGUUCAAGCGCCGCGGCAACAACCCGCCCAUGAACGCCAGCACGUAUGCGCGCGUCAUGAACAUUUGCAUGCAGUGUCGCGGUUACUCGACCCUUGCCGAUUUUCUGGUCCGCGGCAUCACCGGCACGGAAGACGAAGAAAUCCUGCUCGUUAUCCUCGACUCCAUCAAGCGUGACGCCGACGUGUGGACGUCGAUUGACCGCUGGAACCAAAUCACCGUCGCCCUCAUGGACCGCUUCCGCGUCAUGCUCCGCAAGGGCCGCUUCCUCUCCCAGCUCGCCGUGGUGUUGCUCAGUCUUGUGCAGCACGGACGAUUGCCCCCGGGGGCCGCACAGGAAGUCAGCGAAGCGACGGAGCAACACCGGUCCAAGUCGCCUCAGGCGCCAGCGUUCACGGUCGAGAUCGACCAGAGCAUGGACGGCCUCAAGCAGGUCAUCGCAGGCGGACACGUCGACCGCGGAACGGCACUGGCUCCCAAACUCUUCGCUCGUCAUGGCAAGUUUACCAUUUGGUCGUCAACCUGGUGGCAGACUAUCAUCCAGGCGAUCCAGUCUGCCGACCAGCGUACACCGAACGCCGUUGCUGCCGCAUUGGCGCAUGUGAGCGAGGUGGAUGAGCUGGCCGGUGACGGGUCCUUGCGGCCCGUUGUCGCUGAAUGGGUCAGCACCCUCACCCCAAGCCAGAGGGUCGACAUUUUCGGACGUCGCAACGUUCCUCCUGUGGUGCGGCUGCUACUGUCGCUCAUUGUCGGGCGCCGCCUCGGUUCGCUCGUCAUCCUGGAAAAGCUCGUCUUCCCCGAACUCAAGCAUGCUGCGGGCCUGUGCACCCAGCCCGACCCCCGUCUCUCAAGCAAGCGCACCUACGCCAUCGACUGGACUGUCACUCUCACGCAGCAGCUGUUGCUUUGCACUGGUCACAAGAGCCUGCCACCGCAAAACCUGCGCGAGGCAUACAUCGUCCAGACGGCGCGGUCGUCCGUGUUCCACGCGCAUCAUGUGGAGGGACUCAUUCAACACUUGCCCAUUCUCAUCGUUCUCGAGCGCUCCAAGACGGUCCCCGAAAAGACUCGCAGCCAGAUCAGAGACAUUGUCCGCGGUCUUGCGGCACUCCCGCAGUUUAAGACUGCAGCUUUCCGCAACCUCGAUGUCCUCAAAGACGCAUUCUUGUCGAAUGACUGGAUUAAGCGCUCCAACGACAGUGCGCUUGAGACAGGCAUGGUCGAGGGCCUCAAGCUCAUGAUGUCGGACAGCGUGAGCGGCAUGAAAACGUCGACGUCGUUCCCGGCCCUGGAGAGUGGCACGCGGUACACUGCAUGGCGCGCGACCCGCGUGGUGCUCGAGAUGCGUGUUGAAUUCAAGCGCCUCACCAUGCGUAUUGCCAACAAUGACGACCCCGUUGAGGCUCGCCAGCAGCUGUCGCGCCUUGUGCGAUCUAGCCUUGACCGCGACGCCAACCCAGACGACAUGGACCUGUUGAUGGAGGCAUUCCGCGGCGCCGACAGUGUUGUCGCACAGGAAAUCCUGUCUGUGGGUCUCGACCGCCUGGGCGUGCUCCUCUCUCAGCUGCUAAGCGCCGAGGACCAGCACCAGGUGGAGACGACCGAGUUGAGCGUCAACCUCAUGCUCCGUGUCAUGGGUAGCGUCGGCAAGCAGGACAAGAUUGACGCACCGACGGCCGUCGCCCGAGACCGCCUACUCGGUCUCCUCGGUGUUGGAUUCCAGAGCCUCGAACGCCGUGUAGUUGGCGAAGAUGACGUGCAACUGCUCGCCGGCGCAAAGCCUGCUGAGCCAGGAGAGGUCCUCAAGGUUGCCCUUAAGCUGCUCCGCUUUGCGCUCGCGGUCCCCAACCAGGAGAUGAUUACGCCCAGCCAGCCAAAGCCCGACUAUGCGGGUCUGGCGGUCUCAUACUUGCACCUCGCAGUGGCGCUCUGCGGCCGCGCACAUGUGUUUACCGACCUCGAUGGAAUGCGCGACCUGCUCGUCUACUUGGUCGACAGCGUGCCGCCGUCACUUCUCAUCAGUGUGCAGCACGCGCUCGCAUGCGAAACGUCGACCACACCGGUACAGGACCUCAUUGCGCAGUACCCGUCAUUUGCGUCUGCGCUCCCCCGUCCUGUGUCAUUGUACCGCGCCAUGGCUCUCACUGGUUCGCAACACCUUGCGGAUGGCGAGGGCAUUCCUCUCGACGACCGUCCGUGGGAGAUGCUCGAGUUCAUGGCCGCGCUGCCCACUCCGCCCCACCGCGACCUAUUCCUGGCGUCCAAGCCCAUGAAGGACACGGCCUCCAUCCCCAUUGCCCUCUUCAAGCCGCAGCUGACUCGCGACGCUGUCCCCUACACCAGCACCACCACCGAUGACGACCGUGCGUGGGAACAGGCCUCAGCUGAACGCUCUCUGGGCAAUGGCUUUGCCGGCGAGCCCAUCGCGGCGCGUCAGACGGCCACGAUCCUGUAUGCCCGCCGAGACGGGAGUGCAGUGGAAGAGGUCAAGCUCGCGCUUCCACCCACGCCGUCCAAAGUCAAGCGCCUCAACACGCGCAUUGCCAACGCGCCCAAGGGCGCCGGAACGACGGCGGAUCCGAUCGCCAUCGAGUCCGACUCGAGCAGCUCGGACGAGGAGCCACUUGCUCCUGCCGCCAAGCGACCGCGGACGGGCUCCAAGACGGCGACUGGGUCUGGUGCGAGGCAGGCGACUGCAGGCAAGGCGCCGCGUAAGGCUGCCGCCUCGACGGCCUCGACGACUGCGCGCAAGGCGACCGGAGGAAAGGGCGUGCGGAGUGUGUCUGGUAAAGAUGUCAAGCGCCGCAGGAGUGGUGCAGAGUAG